GUUGAAAUCGAAGUAAUUAUGGAUGUUUCAACGUUGAUGCAUAACCUAAAGGAGGAAGUAACUUGUUCUGUAUGUAUGCAGUUAUAUACAGAUCCCAAACAGCUGCCUUGUCUACAUACAUUUUGCCUACAAUGUCUUAACAAUGUUACUCGAACAAGCAAACGAAAUGGCACGAUAAGAUGUCCUCUUUGCCAACGUGAAGUAGCUGUGCCUGAUUGUGGUACAAUGGAGUCUUUACCAGACUGUUUUUAUCAAAAAAAUCUUCUGGAUAUUUUGGCCAUCAAGAAGUGCGGCAAUGCUAAAGUGACUUGCGGUAACUGUGGUGAGAAUAACGAGAAAGUGUCUUAUUGCUUCCAUUGUGGGGAGUUUUGGUGCAGUGUUUGUCUAAGUGGGCAUAAUAUCAUUCGUGCGAACAAGGAUCACCGUGUUCUCUCAUUAAAGGAUUUUGAAGACAAAGACUUCGAAGAUGUUCUUAAACGACCGGCUUUCUGCUUGAAGGAACUCCACGAGCGACAAGUGCUGAAAUUUUUCUGUAAAAUGUGCAACGUCCCCGUUUGUCAAACUUGUGUCAUAGUCGACCAUGUCGGUCAUAAUGUUGAACAUUUGGAGUUAACGGCGAAAGCUGCCAAGGAAAACAUCACGAUUCAAUUAGAUUUGGCUAAAAGUGCUGGUAAAACUCACACAUACCUCAAAGAAGAGAUGAACGAAAUAGAAAAUUGCACUAAAGCCACCGUUGAAAAAAUAAGAAAUACAACCCAGUCAAUUAUUGGUAAACUUCACCAGUUUGAGCAAAAACUCACUUCAGAAGUUGAAGAUGAAGGGAAGGCAGCACUUGAAAAACUUUCAGUAAGAAGUACAGCAUAUCAGGCACAGUUGACCAAAUAUGAAGAAACCAUAUCACAGAUUGAACACUUGGUUAACAGAGGUACUGCAGCAGAAGUCGUGCAGUUGCAAUCCCAUGUCAGUAAGUCCCUUCAUGAAUUGAAGGUUGAACCCCCAUGUAGAAAUGAAGGUGAGGAAAGGUUAAUUUUGGACUUCAUUCCAAACCACUCUUUUCUUGAAAAGAUUGAUGAUCUUGGAAGUACAGCACUGGGUACUCUGUCGUGUAGUGCAACUGUGGCAAGUAAGUGUACUGUAACUGCAAAAUGUACAGCUAUGGUUGGUGAAGAGACAAAGAUUGAGAUUGUCUCUAGGAAUUCACGUGGGGAUCAGUGUUACAGCUCAAAUGACAGCAUUUCCUCAAAAUUUUCCCUUGUGAAAACAGACUGUUCACAUGACUUUGUGUGGAAGACAGUGGAUGAGAAAAAUGGAAAGUAUAUAAUUUCCUUAUACAGUAAUUUGUUGGGAAAGGUGAGGGCUCAGUUCACAAUAAAUGGAGAACCUAUAAAGCAGACUUUACUUCUUAACAUAAAGGGAAGAAAUUAUGCAUAUGUGGAUGUGAUUCAUUCAGACUUUUAUAACCCAUGGGGAGUUGCUGUUAAUACCUCAGAUGACAUUUAUGUUACUGACUUGAACAAUAAAAAAGUGCAGGUUUUGAGAGAUCAUGAGCCUUUUUCAAGAACCUUUGGACGUGGUGUAGUGUAUUCUCCUUCUGGAAUCUGCACUGAUUCUUCAGGAAGGAUCUAUGUCGCAGACAGAGAUUUAAACAAAAUACUUCUGUUCAAUUCCCAACAUAAAUUAUGCAAAAAGAUUGGAGAUGAGGGAGGACUGAAAGAACCACGUGGGAUAUCACUAGAUCCUGAGGGAAACAUUAUUAUCUGCAAUUCAGGAAAAAGUUGUGUCCAACUGCUUUCCUCUGAAGGGGACCUUCUCCUAACCUAUGAUGGUAGAGCUUGUGGACUUCAAUUACCAUUUGACUGCACUUGCCAUGAAAACAAUGUAUAUGUGUCUGAUUUCAAAGGCCAUAGUAUCAAAGUUUUUAAUGACGUUGGAAAGUUUUUAUUUCAAUUCGGUGAAGAGGGAUCUGGGAAUGGCCAGUUUAAAUCACCAACAGGACUAGCAGUGGACAAAGCAGGAAAUCUCUUAGUUUGUGAUGACUACAACCACAGAGUGCAAGUUUUUACCAAAGAUGGAAGGUUCCUAUCAAAGUUUGGAUGUUAUGGAGAUGAAAUGGGACAGCUGAAUAAGCCAACGGGCUUGGCAGUCUGUCGGAAUGGUGACAUUGUUGUUGCAGAAUUUGGAAAUAAUCGUCUCCAAUAUUUUAGAAACUAGCUGGUUCUCUGGAUGGAAAUAUUCCUAGCAAGGUCUUCAUGCUAAAUUUCUUAAAAAAUUCAAUAAUUGUGACUUCAAUGUUUAAUGAGCUAAUUCUAAUAAUCACAAGUCAUGCCGUAACUUGCCAUUGUCCCAAAUAGAAAAUUCUAAUCACUCAACAGAUAUAUUACAAUUGCAACUAAACUCAGCGAAUUUUUUUUUUCAGUGGAGUUUUGCUCAGAAGCAAAUGGAAUGGUGUUUCUGUAUUUUGAAAAAAAAUCUGGAUAAAACCAGAGUUAAAAGCUUAUUCCAGUCACAUUUAGUAAAUUUACAUCUACCACUUUUUCUUUUGAUCUUGUUUCGAGGUUUGUCUCUUAUAAUUGUCUGAAUGAAAUCUAUAAACUAUGCUGUAAAAUCACCCCAUGAAGAAUUCUUUGGGCUAGUUUGCCUCAGAUAGUAUUAUACUAAAGCCAAAGGAAACACCAGAAUUAAUCUGCAUACUUUUAGCAUUUCACACUUUUGAGUUUUAAAAAUAUUCCGAAUUUGCUUCUGUUUCCCAGAUAAAGCAUUACAAAGUAGCUGUGGAGUUACGUAUAUUUACAUUCCAUACCCACUAAGUUUGAAAGGGACUUCUAGGUCUAACAAAGUGUGUUUAACGCAGCCAUUGAAAUGUUUACUGUGUCAGCUUCUCUUUAUUUGGAACUUUCCUUUUUUGCAUUCUAUUAUAUUCAAAGUUCUUUCAUUCAGGUUUAACUAUUAUGUACAGUUGUUUACUGAGGAGUAUGGCUUCUCUCCAUAAAUGCAGUUGGAUUUAGCUCCUAA